UGAUCGCAUGUUGGGUAGAUGUCUCAAAGAUAAAAGCACGGAUUUCAAAACGGUGUUUACAAAUAACUUACCUGAUUCGCUCUGGACACUAGAUAGCAAUCUGCCCAAUGAUAAGAUCAUGUCGGGUAAAACAGCAGACUCCUCAAGCCCUUUAUCUUCUGUUGAUAACGGCAUCCAGGGAAAAGCUGUACAAUUGAAGGGAAAUGUAGCACUAAGACUCUCAGAUUACAAAGACGAGUGUUUGGUUAACAAUUCUAUGGCCCUUACUGUUAGUCUAUGGUUGAAAUAUGGCAACUCCACAUCAGAAAACCAGACCUUUUUCACGCUUGGUAAGGAUACCACAACAGACGGAGGAGACAGACUACAAAUAUCCCAACCAAAUAAAACUCUCGAUGAGGUUGGAGUGCUACUCAAUUCUGACAGGGGGAGACUGUUUUUGCGAUUUCCCUGCCCGUGGAAUAUUUGGUCACAUAUUGUUGUAACUUGGAACAGCACAGAAUCUUUUGUCAUCUACAGGUGGCAGCUUGUACUGUUGGUGUAG